UUCCAAAAUCCCAAUUUAUAUAAAUACCCAUCUUCAUCAUCUUCUUCACCAAACAAUUUCAAUUUCCAGACAAUGAGGGGCAAAGCAGAGUUGGAAAGCAAGUUCAAGAAAUACAUGUCAAAGCCGAUGACCAAAGCAGAGUUACAGAGCAAGCUGAGGCACUACAUGUCCAAACCUAAGAGAGCUUUACACAAGGCAAGGGACAUUUACGUCAAAAGUUUGGAAGGUUGCGCUAGCAAGGUCGGCCACGGCGGAGUUCUCGGAUGCCCCGCCGCCGCACCCCAAGUUUCACGGUUGCCCAAGAGUUUCAACUUCAACUAUUCGAAGCCCAACAACGAAGAGAAGUUCUUGAAUUUCUUGGAAACCAUGUCGAAGAAAAGAUCAAUGGAGUCGAAUUUGCAGGAACAAGAAGAAGCGCAAAGGCAAAUGAAAGAUCAGCACGGUGGGUUCAACAGAAGUUAUAGUAUAAACGUUGGCCUAGCCAGGAUUGACGAGGAUCAACCCUGUUACUUCGAUGAAGAAGAAGAUGAUGCUGUGUUUGCUAGAAGCAGAAGCUGUACUUACAAGAGAUACCAUUAUUAGUGAAGAUUGAAGCUUUUUUUUUGUUUUUUUGGUUCGAAGAAGAUUGAAGCAUUGGAAAUGUAAAAUUUGGAUCCGAUAUUAUUUAUGGAUUAUUUAAUUGUCAUUGUAAAAAAAUUUAAUGGUUAAAUACCAAAUUAUUAGUAAGUUUAUGUUUUUUGUCACCCAAUUUUAAAAAAGUUAUAAAAUGAUCACUGAACUAUUCGA